GUAUUAAUGGGAGAGCAUCUAGAGUCUUGUGUUUUUAACCACAUAUGGUAACAAAAUCAAUUAUGUUUAAGCAUAUUACUAAUGUAAUGAAAUGCAAAUCCGAAAAUUAUUAACGAACAUUAGUAUUUUUAAGCACUCGGAAAAUGUUUGGUACUUUAAGAAAUUCAUCAGACUUGGAAACUCUUGCCUGACCCGAUUUCUCUUGCUCUUUCACGCUAGUUUGCUGUCUCUGUCUCGCUCUCUCUUUCUGUUUGUCUUUCAUUCCAUUUGUUUCAUGUAGGCUGUGAUUGCACAAUUUAAAUUAACAAAAAUCACAGACCUGCUUGAUCAUCAGGUUCCAGGGUAUUUGAAUGACAAAAACCAUUAUCAGCCUAUAAAGUAUAAAAGGCAGCAGUCAGACAGACAGCAACUGGACAGAAUCCCACGAAGAACAGCAAACAUGGGCAAGAUUAUCUUCUACGAGGACAGGAACUUCCAGGGCCGCUCCUAUGAAUGCAGCAGUGACUGCUCUGACAUGUCUACCUACCUCAGCCGCUGCAACUCAUGCAGAGUGGAGAGCGGCUGCUUUGUGGUCUAUGACCGUCCUAACUUCAUGGGAAACCAGUUCUUUAUGAGAAGGGGCGAGUAUGCUGAUUACAUGCGCAUGGGAAUGAGUGAUGGCAUCAGGUCCUGUCGUAUGGUUCCUCAGUACAGGGGACCCUACAGAAUGAGGAUCUAUGAGAGGGAGAACUUCGGAGGUCAGAUGUACGAGCUGACAGAUGACUGCGAUUCCUUCAUGGACCGUUACCGCAUGUCCGACUGCCAGUCCUGUCACGUGAUGGACGGCCACUGGCUUAUGUAUGAGCAGCCCCACUUCAGAGGCAGGAUGAUAUACUUUAGGCCCGGAGAGUACAGGAGCUUCCGGGAUAUGGGAUACAGCAACGCCAGAUUCAGCUCUGUUAGAAGAAUCAUGGACUUGUGUUAAAUUCACAGUCUACAAACAUAAAUCAUAAGUAUAAACAAUAAAAUUCUCACCAAGCAUUUAUGUUGUUGUCUGUUGUUUUUGCCUAUUUUCACCAUU